GAGUGACCAGCAUAGGAAACAAAACUUAGUCACCGAACCCAAAACAACUCGGACCUUUCUCUCUCGCGCCUCCAUCGCCAGCCGCCUUCGCGUCUUGCAAGAAGAGAAACUUGUGAACCUGGUUUCAAUUUUCUGGUUGCGCAAUGGAGGCCCUGCACCUUAGCUCGGUUCAGUCCCCUCUUCUCCCACGGAAGCGAUUUGGAUUAUUUUCCGUAGAGACUCAAAAGGUUAGCACACGCUGUUCCAACCAUCCGAUGUUCAUUACUGCCACAUUAUCCCGGCCAACGAAUGAGAUUUCUGCUGAAGUCUCCUCCUCCUCUGCUUCUAGCCUGCCUCACCUCCUGACUCAGUCAUCACCUCCGAAACGGGUAUCUUCCGGUUCGUUACAGUAUGAACCAGGUUUCCUUGGAGCAGUACCUGACCCUACACUUGCAAGUGGAAACGGCAGCGACAUUGUUGAUGCUCUGGGAUCUUUGACGAACAUAUUGUCGUCAAAAGUGUAUGAUGUGGCAAUAGAAUCACCUUUGGAGCUAGCUACCAAGCUAUCAGAGAGGCUGGGAGUGAAAGUUUGGCUCAAAAGGGAAGAUUUGCAACCUGUGUUUUCGUUCAAGCUUCGUGGAGCUUAUAAUAUGAUGGCUAAGAUUCCAAGAGAACAAUUGGACAGAGGGGUUAUAUGCUCGUCGGCUGGAAACCAUGCGCAAGGAGUUGCAUUGUCUGCCAAGAAAUUGGGUUGCAAUGCAGUCAUUGCAAUGCCUGUAACUACACCAGAAAUUAAGUGGCAAUCUGUUGAGAGAUUAGGAGCCACAGUUGUACUCAUUGGUGAUUCCUAUGAUGAGGCUCAAGCUUAUGCUAAGAAGAGGGCUAAGGACGAGGGACGGACCUUCAUACCUCCUUUUGAUCACCCAGACAUUAUAAUGGGUCAGGGAACCGUUGGAAUGGAGGUUAUGCGUCAAACAAAAGAGCCAUUGCAUGCAAUUUUUGUGCCAGUAGGGGGUGGUGGCCUAAUAGCUGGUAUUGCUGCAUACGUGAAGAGGCUGUCUCCAGAGGUAAAGAUUAUUGGUGUGGAGCCGGCGGACGCGAAUGCAAUGGCAUUAUCCUUGCAUCACAGAGAAAGAAUCAUGUUGGACCAAGUUGGGGGUUUCGCAGAUGGUGUAGCAGUGAAAGAAGUGGGUGAAGAAACCUUUCGAAUAUGCAAAGAAUUAGUUGAUGGUGUAGUUCUCGUGAGUCGUGAUGCCAUCUGUGGUUCAAUCAAGGAUAUGUUUGAGGAGACUAGAAGUAUUUUAGAACCCGCAGGUGCUCUUGCUCUUGCUGGAACUGAAGCAUACUGCAAGUAUUAUGGUCUUAAAGGAGAAAAUGUGGUUGCAAUCACCAGCGGGGCAAAUAUGAACUUUGAUAAACUGAGAGUGGUGACUGAACUUGCCAAUGUUGGUCGCCAACAAGAGGCUUUACUUGCAACAGUAAUGCCAGAGGUGCCUGGGAGCUUUAAACAUUACUGUGAGCUGGUCGGCCCAAUGAAUAUUAGUGAAUUCAAAUACAGAUAUAACUCUGAUAAACAGGCUGUCGUACUGUACAGUGUCGGUGUGCACACAGUUUCUGAACUUGAAGCAAUGAAAGAGCGACUGGAAUCUUCUCAACUCAAGACGUUCAAUCUCACGAAAAGUGACUUGGUUAAAGAUCACUUGCGUUACUUGAUGGGGGGAAGAACAAAUGUUGAUAAUGAGGUUCUCUGUCGCUUCGUUUUCCCAGAAAGGCCUGGUGCUUUGAUGAAGUUCUUGGAUACCAUUAGUCCACGUUGGAAUAUUAGUUUGUUCCACUACCGAGGACAGGGUGAAACUGGGGCAAACGUUUUGGUUGGAAUCCAAGUUUCCAAGAGCGAGAUUGAUGAGUUCCAUUCGCGUGCUAAUUCACUGGAGUAUGACUAUGUAGUAGUGACCAAUGAUAACAUCUUCGAGCUUUUGAUGCACUAAUAAGGAGCAUCUGACCACAGAUUCCUAAGGAAAGAGAUUCACACAUUCUAUGUUCUGCGAUUUUCUCCCAUCAUAUCUGCUUCCCUUACCUUGAUGUUUUUUCCUCUUAAAAGUUGAAGAGAAAUAUGUAGUCAAGGGGAAUGUAUGAAAUUUUCUUGUUUAUUAAUCUGUAUCACAAUUGUAAUAUUAGUAUACAGACUAUGUUGUUUAAAUGCUAAAAGGAUGGCGUUUUCACAUUUCUA